UUCUUUGCUUUUCCUUUCUUUUCUUUUCUUUUCUGGGUUUUCUUUCCCUCACUCUCUCAGUAAGGAAGGAAAACAAAGAAAAAUAUAAGGAAAGAAAUCUAAAUAUUUAUAUAUAUAUAUAUAUAUAUAAAUCGUCUAGAAUCUCCUCCCCUUUCUUUCUUUAUUAUCGGAGUCUUCAACGUUGUAGCGAUUUGUUGUUUGUUUAAGCUGUCUGCUUUUUAGUUUCCUUAGAUGGACAAGCUCAGAAAAUCCUUCAAAUCUAUCACCGACCAAGCCAACCACAACUCAGAAGAGCGCCGCGUCCUCUUGCACCAACUCGACCACCCCAUCAUGCCCCAGACUGAUCGUCGAGACGUCGUCCUCAACAUCAACUCCCAAGAUCGUAUCUCCGAGGCCGAGCUGGCCUCCCGCUCGCCUUCUUCCUCUCCGCCUCCGCCUCCGCCUCAGCGCGGCGGCGACGGCUCCAGUGGCAAUCGAAUGUGGAGGGACUCCAGCUACGAUUUCUCCAACGACUUGAUGAAGCCCGGGAGGGAGUUCGAUUUCCCCGCCGACUCUCCGUCCGCCGGCGAGUUGUCAAAGAUAGCGGAGAGCCCCGGACACGGCCAGUUGACGCCGAGGGGGGUUAAGGUUUCGUUCAACGAGGCGACGGAGGCGGAGCCGGCUCAGCGCCGAUCGAAUGGUGUUGAAGACGAGGUUCUGGUUUGUAGCUCCAACGCUUCGUUCCGGCGGAAGUCGAGUUUAUUGAGGGUGAAGACGAAGUCGAGGCUUUUGGACCCGCCGGAGCACGGUCAGAGAUCUCAGACUCAGACCCAAAGGUUGAUGAAGUCCGGAAUGUUGGGCAAAGGGAUCGAAAUCGACGAGGACGACCCGUUCCUGGGGGAAGAUUUGCCGGAAGAGUACAAGAAAAUGAAGUUCAGCACAUUGUCAGUGGUUCAAUUAGUGAGUUUGAUUUUGAUUAUCACGGGUUUAUUGUGUAGCCUCGCGAUUCCUAUCCUGCGAAGGAAAACAUUGUUCGAACUGGAACUCUGGAAAUGGGAGAUUAUGGUUUUGGUUUUAAUUUCCGGCCGAUUAGUCUCCGGUUGGGUUAUCCGAAUCGUUGUCUUCUUCAUCGAACGUAAUUUUCUGCUAAGAAAGCGAGUCUUGUAUUUUGUCUAUGUGGUGAGAAAUGCCGUUCAAAAUUGCAUAUGGUUGAGCUUGGUUUUGAUUGCUUCGCAUUCGAUCUUUGAUAAGAGAGUUGAGAGAGUGACUAAUGCGAAAAUUUUGCCUUAUGUGACCCGGAUUUGGGUUUGUCUUUUGGUGGGUGUAUUCAUAUGGCUUCUUAAGACUCUUCUAGUUAAGGUUUUGGCUUCGUCCUUCCAUGUUAGCACGUUUUUCGAUCGAAUUCAGGAGUCUUUGUUCAAUCAAUAUGUGAUCGAGACCCUGUCUGGCCCUCCCUUGAUCGAGAUUCAGCAAGAGCGAGAAGAGGAAGAGAGGAUCAUGGCUGAAGUUGACAAACUUCAGAGUGCCGGGGCUACUAUGCCUCCCGACCUGAGGGCGAAUAUUUUUCCGAAAGGUGGUAAACUGAUUGGCAGUGGGAGACAUCAGAAGAGCCCCAAGCUUAUAAAGAAUCCUGGGUUUUCAAGGGCUAUGUCGCAGGAGGCGGACGAAGAAGCCAUUACCAUAGACCACUUGCACAGACUGAACCAGAAAAAUGUCUCGGCUUGGAAUAUGAAGAGGUUGAUUAAUAUUGUCAGGAAAGGAGCCCUGUCCACUUUGGCUGAGCAAAUCCAAGAUUCAACGGAUGCGGACGAGUCUGCAGUUCAGAUCACAAGUGAAUACCAGGCAAAAGCUGCAGCCAAGAAGAUAUUCUACAAUGUGGCUAAGGCAGGGUCCAAAUAUAUCUUCCUGGAGGAUCUAAUGCGCUUUCUGAGGGAGGAUGAGGCUUUGAAGACUAUGCGCCUCUUUGAAGGAGCAAGUGAAGGAAAGGGAAUCAGCAAACGAGUUCUGAAGAAUUGGGUGAUAAAAGCAUUCAGAGAACGGAGGGCGCUGGCAUUGUCCCUCAAUGAUACAAAAACAGCUGUGAACAAACUCCACCACAUGCUGAAUGCAGCUGUGUGCAUUAUCAUAUUGGUGAUCUGGCUUCUUAUACUGAAGAUAGCAACUACCCAUUUCUUUGUCUUCCUAGGCUCCCAGCUUCUCUUGGUGGCUUUUAUGUUUGGAAACACAUGCAAGACGACAUUCGAGGCCAUUAUCUUCUUAUUUGUAAUGCACCCGUUUGAUGUGGGCGAUCGUUGUGAAGUGGAUGAAGUUCAGAUGGUGGUUGAAGAGACGAAUAUACUUACUACAGUUUUCCUGAGGUACGAUAACCAAAAGAUCAUAUACCCCAACAGUGUUCUAGCGACCAAACCCAUUGCCAACUACUACCGCAGUCCAGAUAUGGGAGAUGCCAUUGAUUUCUGUGUUCAUGUUGCAACUCCUUUAGAAAAGAUCACUACCAUGAAAGAGAGAAUCACCAAGUAUGUCGACAGCAAGAGCGACCACUGGUACCCUGCGCCAAUGAUAGUCCUGAGGGACGUGGAGGACAUGAAUCGGCUGAAAAUAUCAGUUUGGCUUUCUCACCGGAUGAACUUUCAGGACAUGGGUGAGAGGUUCACGAGGAGAGCUCUUCUGGUGGAGGAGAUGAUCAAAAUAUUCCGAGAUCUCGAUAUCGAGUACCGGAUGUUGCCUCUCGACGUAAACGUCCGCAACAUGCCGGCGGUAAAUACAAACAGAGUUCCCUCAACAUGGGCCAUUUCUGCCACCUGAUCAGACUUGAAGAAAGAGCUUAUUAUGGCUCCCUGUAAAGCUCUUCACCUGUGGCAAAGCGCACUCUACCAUGGAAAACAAAUGCUGGAACAGAAAAGAGCAACCCACAAUUAAUUGCCUGGGAUUUUAAAAUGUGGACACAUGUGAAGUUGCAAAUAAUAAUGUUCCCUUGAUAUAAUAUGAAAAAGGGCUAAUAUAUAUUAAUGUUGCAUAUUGACUUUGCAACAUUAAUAUAUAUUAGAACAGAUGGAUGUGACAGUUAAGGUAUAUAAAACUAAAAAGUAUGCUUGAUUUGAUCAUCUCGGUCUUGGUUGUUUGUUGUU